GCUCUUUCCUUCAGAAACCCUGACGAUUGGCGGAAGAGACUCCAGCUGCUGGCAAGAUGGGUGCGGCUGAAUCAGUUUCAGACCUGAGGAUCGUCAUGGUCGGCAAAACGGGCAACGGGAAAAGUGCCACCGGCAACACCAUUUUAGGGAAGGAAGCCUUCACCUCCAAGAUGGUGCCCAGGUCCGUCACUGCCAGAUGUAAAAUGGCCAUGGGGACCCUCCUGGAUAAUAGGAUUGUGGCUGUGAUCGACACGCCGGGCUUUUUCGAUACGAAAUACUCGCGGCGGGUGACCGUUAAGGAAGUGAGAAGAUGCUUGGACUUCUGCUCUCCGGGUCCCCACGUCAUCCUCCAGGUCAUCUGCCUGAGCCGUUUCAGCCGGGAGGAGAUAGAGGUUGCUAAACUCCUCAAAGACAUCUUCAGCCUCAAAGCGAAGACUUACAUGAUCGUCUUGUUCACCCGGAAGGAGGAUCUGGAGGGGCGCUCUCUUCACGAACUGCUGUCCGAGGACAGCAACGACAACGAGAGCUUGCGGGCGCUGAGGGAUCAGAUUCAGAGUUGCGGGAACCGAUGCCUGGCCUUCAACAACAAGGCGGUGGGGCGGGAACGGCAGGAUCAGGUCGACGAGCUGAUCCGGAUGGUGGACGAGCUCGUGCGCCAGAACAAUUCCAGCCCCUUUUACACCAAGGACAUGAUGGAGGAGGACAAAAAGAGCGUCCCCGGAUGGCUGUGCAACAUCCUGUGAUUUUGGCGCUCCGGAUAGACACGCCGUUCUGGCACGUCUGGACCGGAGGUGGCGGCCCUGGAUCCCUCGGGCUGCGCCGUUAUCCCAAAGGCGCGCUUUUCUCGUUUCCCCCCAAAAGUGCCACUGGACUUCGUUUUUCCCCCUGGAGACAUUUCGCUUCACGGCCCAGAAGCUUCCUCGGUUUCUGACGGGUCUUCGGUUCCGACCGAAGAAGCUU